GUUCCAGAAGGAGGGGAGUACAGUGUCAGUGUCCAUGAGAUACACUACGGUGUUGUGCAGGAACAUGUUAGCACUCAAGUGAACAACAUUACAGUUUGGAUAAGAAAAGGUUCCUCUCUGAUUCAUUCAAAUGUUAAACCAGUGAUUAGAGGGAUAUGUACCUCUUGUAUUUUUACAAAUGACUCAAAUGCUAAAGGAUGUGCCAUAACUCUUCUCAAUGAUCAGUUUACAUUCAACUUCACAAUUCCUCGUCACUCAUCAUAUGACAUAGCAUCACUGGAAUGUUUCAAGGUAUGGCAAUCCGGAUCAUACCAUGUACUGGCAUCAGAGAUACUAAUGGAUGGAUCAGAGGGCUACAAUACACUGGAGCUACCCGAUAUCACUAUAACAUUACCAUCUGGAAAUGACAAUUCUGCCAAGCAAGCAAAUGGUAGGCUCUUAACCAGCAAGUGUGAGAUAAUUAAUGCUCUUUGUAUAUAGGCACACCAAUAGUUAAUGGACUUUCCGCUGUCCUUGGUCUAACACGGAUGGGCUUGUUUAUAGCUGUUCUACUUGCCGUUAUCUUUUUCCUUAAGAGA